AUGUCCCCUUCGACUGAUCGUAAACGUGCUGUGCGUAUUGCCGGCUGCUCCGGCGGUUUCCUCGACCGCGCAAAUGCCAUCACUCGGAUGGCUGGAGACCCUGAGGUCGAUGUUGUAAUGGGCGAUUGGCUAUCGGAAAUGACAAUGACCGUCCACGGCAGCGGGAAAGUCAAGAACCGCUCAAACCAAAGUGGUGAUGCUCCAGUCACUUUAGAAGAGCGCAAGAAAAAGGCCAUGUACGCUGAGACCUUCAUCUCCUGCUUUGAGCCAGCAAUUCCAAAUCUUGUCAAGAAUGGCACCAAACUGGCAGUCAACGCUGGUGCUUCAGACACGGAGCUGUUGGCUGAAGUCGUUGUCGAUCUCCUGGAGAAGGCGGGUGCCGGCCAUCUCAAAGUCGCUUGGAUAGAAGGAGACGAUGUUACAGGUCAAGUGAACAGCUUGAUCAAGAAAGGCGAGAAGUUUGAGAGUUUGAUGCAUGGGAAAAAGCUCGAACAAUGGGGCAUGGAACCAAUCUGUGCACAGGCGUAUCUGGGCGGGCUGUGUAUGACAGAGGCACUUCGGCAAGGCGCCGAUAUUGUGAUCGCUGGACGUGUUGCUGAUGCUGCGCCCGUGAUUGGUGCUGCUGCAUGGUGGCAUGACUGGAAGAGCGAUCAAUUCGACGAACUCGCAGCGGCACUGGAUCUGAUGAAGCAAGGCAAACACGUCAAUAUGGGCUUUCCAAUUGCAGAGGUCGAGUAUGACGGUACAGUCACAAUUGCGAAGGAAAAGAACACUGGAGGAUGCGUCACGGUCGGCACAUGUACAUCGCAGCUGCUGUAUGAGAUUCAGGGUCCUCUGUACUACAAUUGCGACGUAACAGCGGAUAUCACCAACGUAAAGAUGGAGCAAAUGGGCGAAGAUCUAGUGCGUGUGACUGGCGUUAAGGGUUUACCUCCGCCACCUACGACCAAAGUCGGCAUCACAGCUCCUGCUGGGUAUCAGUGCGAAUGGCACUUCUUCAUGUGCGGGCUCGACAUCGAGGAGAAGUGCAAGAUUACGGAAGACCAAAUUCGACACACAAUGGGCGAUAACGUUGAGCGCUUCUCCACGCUCAAAUUCCACCAAAAUGGCUCAUCACCCAUCGACGCACGCAACCAAGACGUCUCAACAGUUGACUUCCGAUGGUGUGUCGAAGUCUUCCUGCAAUCCGCACCUGGACUGUCACUCUCCAACGACCUUCGACAAACUAUCCCUAAGCCCUACUACGAGUACUGGCCCUCUCUCCUCCCGCAAGAUCAACUUCCUCUCCGCGUCCACACUUUGUGGGGCAAGAAAACUACCACCGACCUCACACCCCCUGCAACUACGCAAGAAUACCCGCGCCAGCAAUCUUCCUACGAAACCUCCAGCCCCGUUGAUCUCAGCACUUUUGGCGAAACCGUUCGCGCACCCCUCGGGUACAUCGUCGCGGGCCGCUCCGGCGACAAAGUGUCAGACUGCAACUGCGGCUUCUUCGUGCGCCACGACGACGAGUGGGAUUGGCUGCGCAGCUUCAUGACUAUCGACCGCAUCAAGCACUUGCUUGGGCCAGAGGAGUACGAAGGCAAGGGAAAUGCGAUGGAGUAUCUGAGGGCGAAGACGGUGGACUUGCCAAAGAAGUUCUUGGAUCGGGGCAGGAUCUAG